GUUUAAACCAGAGAUGAAGGAAUUGCAGCGAAGAGAGAAAAACGAGAAGCAGAUGUUGUGGAAGAACAAGAUCCUGGUGCGAGCAGAUCCUCCUUUCUCUUCCUUCUACUAUUUCCAUCUGAUCCUACUCCAGAAUCCUUAUCUCUCUCUCAAGCUCCACUCCCUCUGCUGGAAGCUCUCCCGCAGAUCGCGCCUUGCCUGCUUCUCGGAUUCCACCGACAUCUACAUCAUCUAUCAGAAAUCUCAAUCCGAUUCCGCAUUGCAUGUGGUUAAAGAGCUCAGAGAAUGCCUGCCAGUCAGUGACGUUGUGGCUGAUGAAGAGGUGAAGUUGGGCUCUUUGAUUGCGAAAGCCAUCGAUUGCAGUCUGAGAUCCGUUUUACUUGAGAAUGGCUGGAGAUGUGUUGGCAAUAGCUGCAUUGUGAAUUCAAGCUUUGCUAGCAGUGAAGAGAAGAAUGACCUAUAUGCCUUUCACGUGACAGUGCAAGCAGACACAGAUGAUGGUUUUGUGUUCCUUGUUUCUCCAGAAGUGGUUAGAUUCAGUCGACUGAAGAUCAUGGAUUUACUUGGCCCUAAAAUGAAAGAAAGGUUUCAUGGUGGUGAGGGAGUUGUCGUGGAUGAGUAUUGCUUUGCAACAUCAUGUUCUGUUCUUCCCUCUCUCUGUGAAGGGCACGUUAUAGGACUCAGCAGACUCCUCCCUGGAGGGGAGGAUUUUGAACAGAUGGGAGAGCUCUGGUCCUUCAAGCAUGGUCUUGUACUGCCGAAUGAUUACUUCGUGCACAUCCUAUUCACCGAUGAAGGCUGUGCAAAUAAGCAUUGGUUUCCAUCUUCGUUCAUUCUGCAAGGUUCAGGGUUGACUCCAGCUCCACGAACAAUUAGAGCUACGAAUGCUGUUUUUGCAUUGGAAUCGUUUAUGAGGAUUAUUGAAGCUUGGGAUUUCUUUGAUGGAGGCCUUCUGAGGAUUAAGGGAGCUUGUCGGCUUGGUAUCAGUUCAGACCUUCCUGUAUGGGCAAAGGCUACGUGUAGCAUUGACAAUCAUAUUCUGACUGUUAAUGAUGGUACUUGUUUACCUGCAACUGUCAGUGGGAAGAUUUCCUUUCUCAGAGGCCUCCUGUCCAAUCACGAUUUCCGCAGUCCCAAACCAUCUCUGGGUCUCCUUUCUCACAGUGAAACAUCAGAGCAUAUUCACAUCCAAGGAAGCACUGCAUUUCCAAGCAAAGGCAUUCAAAGUGGUACACAUUUGUGCGUUCAGGAUGUUCUAUCUAUAAACAUGACGACUAAAUUUAGACCUCUUUUCAAGGGCCGCAAAGCUAUGAAGAAAACUAUUCAGUCAGGCAACAGGAUUCCCUCUUCCCCAAAAAGUGGUCGCAUUGAAAAUGAGGCUUGUCUACUGACAGUCACUGAAAGUAAAAGGGCAGAUCUUCACAUGGAUGAGCCACUUCCAAGCUGUUUGAAUCCAGGACCUGUACUCAAAGUCAAUGCUGCAAUAGAAAAGGAUGGCGCUCUUAGACCUUUCAAGAGGAAUCUUAACCCAAAAGAAGAUGCUGCAGUGCCAAAGGAUGGGAUGAAUUUGCACAUAAGUUCCCAAACUUCAAUAAACAAGGAAAAUGCACGAGUUUUUCUCGAUAAGGGAUCUAACAAGGGCUUAUCAAACACCAGGAAAGAUAUUGAGAAUUUGCCAAAGAAACAGGGGAAGCAACUGUCUGAAAUUGCAGCUAGAAAAGAGAAUGAAAAGAGCAUGCCAAAGAAACAGGUGAAGCAACUAUCCGACAUUGCAACUACAAAAGAGAGCAUGCUAAAGAAACAGGCAAAGCAACCAUCGAAAAUUACCAUUGGAGAUGUCGAAAAUCUAGUGCCGAAGAAACGAGCAAAGCAACCAUCUGAUAUUUCUGCUAGAGAAGAAGACAGAGAGGAGAAUCCACAAAAGAAAUGGACAAAGCAUCAAAUUGAUUCAUCUGAUAUUAUUGCAAAGGUAAUUGAUUACCAUGCGAGAGGCCAGCUGGGAUCCCUCAUGGUUCCUGAGCUGAAGAGCUUCCUUGGUGCAAAAAAAGCCAAGGUAGGAGGCAAAAAGGAAGACCUUAUCCAACGGAUCGUGACAAUACUCGCUUGAUCUGGCAUGGUUCUCCACACCCUUUCUCUAAGUUUCUCUGUUGUAUAUAAAACCAAAAGGCAAUGACAUGGUGAGAUGACAAAUUCAUGAGUUGCCUUAAAGAGGUGGUCCUCUGAUUGGUCAUCUAAGAAGGGCCAACCCAUGUGAAAACAAAAGAGCAGACCCCCAUCCUUGGGGUCCCUUUGAAAUGCACCACACCAUGAGGCAUCUCACCAUAUCACUCACUGGAACCGAACCCAAAUUUCAUGUUUUCAAUGUAUUGAUACCAUAUUACUAAUUGUCACGGAUCAAUCACAGUUUUUGUCUUUGACCAGUUCUAUGCCAAAUUAACAAUGUAUACUGUGAUGCAAGAGCAAGUCUCAAAAUCUACAUUUUUCA